AUGGAUGACCGGGGCGAGGUGGCGCCGACCGUUGAUUUAAAAACGGCGCGAGGCGAGACGCGCGCGAAGGAUGGUGCGGAGAACGAUGCGACGGACGCGACGGGGCGGGACGAGCGCGAGGAACGAGGACUGACGAAAACGCUCGCGCGGGGCGAUGGCGCGGUAGGCACGACGACGCGGUUGGCGCAGUUGCGCGCGGCGCGCGCGGCGGCGGCGGCGGCGGCGGCGGCGGGAGGCAAGCCGGCGGGCGCGUACGCGCCGCGAGCGAGUCGACGGGAACGGCUGCGGUUGCGACGUGGAACCGGGCGGGAGGUGCGCGCGCGACCGUUCGUGAUCAGGGUGAACAUUCCGGGGAUCAUGAAGCAGAAAAGUUCGAGCGAUAUGGACGUGUCGAACGGGAGCGGCGGGGAGGCGUUUUCGGCGCCGAACGGCGUGAGCAUCGUGGAGAUUGGAGAGGAUUCGCACGCGAGCGCGGGGAGCGGUAGCGGCAGCGGUGGGUCGAAUGUGAAUCCGUUUACGGUGAACACCGGUUCGAUGGACGGCCCGCGACCGAUGUUCAGGCCGUCGACGCACAUUUUGCACGACGCGGCGGCGACGCCGAACGGGUCCAAGUCAAAGGCGGGACGGCUGUCGAGCGCGGGUACGCCGAACGCGGCCGAGGCGUUGGCGAUGAUGAUGCACGCCGAAUACCCCGAGGGGUUGCCGGAAGAGAUGCAGGGCGUGUCACACUUCGCCAAUUCGCAGCGCGACGAACCGCCGCUCGCGGACUUUUACGGCGAGGAGGAUAUGGAUCUCGGCUACGACGACGUCGCGGCGUACGACGACGACGGAUUUCCCGAACCACCGGCGCCGCGCAAGCGCACCACCGCAGGUGUGCCGCACAAGCGCCUUCGCGCCGAGAUGGAGCGCCGCAAGUCGCUCGCCUUGGCCGGUUUACAAGCAACCGAGGGUGGCGUGCGACGAUCGACGCGUCAACGAUCCAAGCCACUCGAGUAUUGGCGCGGAGAGACCAAGGUGUACCAACGAGUCCACAACUCCUUGCCCACGGUCACGCAGAUCGAACGACGCACGGCAAACCCGAUUUGGCCGCGUAAGACCCCGGGUGGUCCUUCGCAACCGUUCCGCGUGUCGCGACUUCGCCCGGCGGAGGCGCUGCGCGAUCUCGGCGGCAGUCUUCCCGACCCCUCGCCUUUGGAUCGUCGCGGCGUGCGUUACGGCUUGAUGCCGCCGCCGCCACCAGCGUCGUGGGCGGAGAGGUACGGCAUCAAUCCGCUGUCGACGAGCAUUGCUCCUGCCCCUGGUCGCGGUGUGCCUUUGAUGCGCGAAGAAGACGUCGACGAAGACGCUCUUCGCGGCGGCGCAAAGAAGCAAAAGAAACGCGGACGCAAGCCAAAGGCUAUCAAGGAGGCUGAAGAGCGAGCCGCGAACGAAGCGUUCGUCGCGUCAACGGUGGCGAAUAUCAUGAGCAACGUCAUCGCCGCCAACCGCUCGCCAGAAGAAAUCGCGGAGGACGAGGCGCAAGCUAGUAAGGAUGUCAUCGAGGCGGAGGUCGUCGUCGCCACGGAAGAAUUGGAUGACGACGAAGUGGAACGUCAGGCCGAGCGCGAAGCGGAUGAAGCCGUGGCGGAAGUAGAGCGUGAAUUAGCGGCCGAGCUCGCGGCGGAGGCCGCCGCCGAGGCGGAAGAGGAGGGUGCGAGGUCCAUUGAAGAAGAGCGAGUCGUCGAAGAGGCGCCGCUCGACGUGAGCGAGCUCGAGGACGUCGUCGAAUUGAACACGGAUUUCACUAGAGUACACGACGCUGCCGAAGCGACCACGACCACGACGACGACGUCGCAGGUCGUCGAAGAACCGGCCACCGUCGCCGCACCCGUCGAGUUGGAUGCCCGAGAAGAGACGCCGCUCCAAGAGUUGGAGAUGAACGACGAUCCCAUGGACGUCGACGCGCCGCCCUCGGUGCUCAAGGCGACGCCCUCGAAGACUGCUGCGGACGAAAACGUCGAACCCGAGGCUGCAGAAGAAGAAGCGUAA